GCUGCGCCUGGGCGCCGCCAUCCUGGCCGUCAACGGCCUCGACCUGCGCGACGCCACCCACGACCAGGCCGUGCAGGCGCUCAAGCGGGCCGGCCGCGACGUGCUGCUCGAAGGUUUUGCACGGCUGCUCCAGGGCAGGAGAGGGGUCGAAACCCCUCGGCAUCAGCCGGGGCGAGACUGGACCGCGCGGCGAGACGGCCCCGCUGGGCGGGAGGAGCACGGAGCUGCGGCGAGAAGGAAUGUCAAUCCGCGGGUGCUGCCGUCCGCGCCGGCCUGGCUGAGGCCAUAUCGGGCAGGACGCAGCUCGCACACUGCUGCCGUGCGCCCUGAAAGAAUGCGAUCCUCGCUGGAGCCCGGGAUUGCGUUGAAGUACAUGCAGGAGGUGACCCCCUACAUCAAGAGGCCAUCGCUGGUAUCGGACUUGCCCUGGGACGGGGCCGCCCCCCAGUCCCCGAGCCUGAGUGGCAGCGAGGACUCGGGCUCCCCCCAGCACCACACCGGUGCCCGGGACCGCAAGGUGAUCCCCCUCAAGAUGUGCUACGUAGCUCGAAACCUGAGCAUGCCCGACCUGGAGAACAGGCUGAUCGAGCUGCACUCCCCAGACAGCCGCAACACGCUGAUCCUCCGCUGCAAGGACACGGCCACGGCCCACGCCUGGUUCACAGCCAUCCAUGCCAACAUCGUGGCACUCCUGCCGCAGGUCCUGGCCGAGCUCAACGCCACGCUGGGUACCAGCAACGCUACGGGCAGCAGCAAGGAGGUCAAGCAUGUCGCCUGGCUGGCGGAGCAGGCCAGGCUGGACGGGGGAAGGCAGCAGUGGCGGCCAGUCCUCAUGGCCAUGACAGAGAAGGACCUGCUGCUCUACGACUCCAUGCCAUGGACCAGAGAUGCCUGGGCAUCGCCGUGCCACAGCUACCCCCUCUUGGCCACCAGGCUGGUUCACUCUGGCUCAGGGCGCCGGUCUCCGUGCCUCGGCUCCGAGCUCACCUUUGCCACGCGGACGGGCUCCCGUCAGGGCAUCGAGAUGCACGUCUUCCGGGUGGAGACGCAUCGGGACCUCUCAUCCUGGACCCGGGUCCUGGUGCAAGGCUGCCACGCUGCUGCUGAGCUCAUCAAGGAGGUGGUCCUAGGCUGCACGCUGAACGGCCAGGAGGCGAAGCUCACGAUUCACUACGAGAGCGGCUUCACCAUCUCCAGGGACGAGGCAGGUGCCAGCAGCGUCCUCUUCCGCUACCCCUACGAGAGGCUGAGGAUGUCUGCGGACGACGGCAUCAGGAACCUCUACCUGGACUUCGGCGGCCCCGAAGGGGAGCUGACUCUGGACCUGCACUCCUGCCCCAAGCCCGUCGUGUUCGUGCUGCACACGUUCCUGUCCGCCAAGGUCACCCGCAUGGGGCUACUCGCGUAGGGGCUGGAGGGCGGCCGGAGCGCCGCGCCCCCAUCCCCGCAGCGGCAAAGCACAAGCGUCCCCACGUUCUCCCGCAACACUAGUGCCUUGACCAGGCCCCGGGGCUCGCGGCUGAGUGGCAGCCCUGCUCCUGGAGCCGCUGGCUGCCUGCACCGCAGCCCUGCCUUCCUGAGCUGCGCCCCUGCCUGCCCGCGGCUGAGCUCGGGAUGGGGAGGGUCUGACCUCACCUUGCUCAGCCCCUCCGCGGACGGUGCUUGGCUGCUCCGAGCCGGGGGCCGCCGGUUUGGCGGGGCGAUGGCAGCAACAGGAGCCGACUCGAACUAAUCCUCACUGGGGUAUUAAGCCAUUUUUACUGCUUACCAAAUGUGCCUUCGGCCUGGGCGGUGUGGAGCUGUGAGCUGCCUGCCCUGGGGGGUCGUGAUGAGGGGGUGAAUGCACAUGAGGGGCUGGGGCAGCUCUUGGGAGUAGGGGGUGUAGCCCCCCCCUUGGUGCUUUAACCCCAGGCUGCUUAGCCAGGCCCCUGCAGUCAGGGGAGCAGCGCCGGCUCCUCCCAACACCGCCUGGUCCUGCAGCCAGGUGGAAGCGCUGUGGAUCCGUUUUUCUCGGGAGCUUCCCCGUGCCCGUGAGCCCGGAGGGCAGGGGCCAAACCCAUGCACGUGGUGGGGCCAAGCCUGAGGGCUCUGCUGCCUCUCUUCUCCACCAGCCGGGAGCCAAGCUGCGGCAUAGCAGGGACGCUCCCGCACCCACCGUGGAGCCUGCCCCAGCCAGAGGACUGAACAGCACAAAGCAGCGAGGGGCCGGGACAGGGUCUGUCUUCAGCUCAUGCAGCCCUGCGGAGCCCGUGGUGCCCGGGGCUGCUGCUCUGGCCCCUCGGCCCCCCUCAACAUCCUUUGCUUUUCUAAUGAAGUCUUACCAGGGUCAGGGCAGCCCCCAGAGUCGGGGUUGCGUGAGGGGAGUCCUGGCUGGAGGACGGCACAGGGCUCCGGAUUCAGCGUGGGGCCCAGACAGUCGCGCUGUCCCCCAGAGAACGUGGUGUUUGGAAAGCUGGUGUUGCUGUGGGCAAAUGGGCAUCUCCCUCCCAUGCCCCCCUUGCUCUGCCAGCACUGACUGAGCUGCUAUGCACAUGCUGCUAGGCCUGGCUGCUCUCAAGGGGAGGAAGUGUCCUGGGGGCUUCCAGGGAAGGGCCGAGAGCCUGGAGCACGUUGUCUGCGGUUCGCGCCUGGCCUCGGGGACAGCUGUGGCUGUAGGCACUGUGCCGCUAGCUGCCCCUGGGUGCGGUUAAUCCUGCCCAGUGCGGGCAGCAGUGGGUGAGGGUGAGCGGUCACUAGCAAAGCCCUGGAUGGGGCGGCAGUGGUGGGGUCAGCCCAGAAGUGCCUGUGGGUUGGGCUGGCUGGUGGCUCCUCACCCGGGCAGCAGGGCCCCCAGGUCUCGCUGCUGGGCCGUAGGCAGUCGGGAAGCUCGGACCACCCGCUCCCACAGCCGGGGCAUCUGGCACCUGCCUGGCAGCAGAGGGUCCUGCGCGGAGGGCAGUCGGGGGACCUGCGGGGGGGAGGCAGUGCCAGGGGCACUGCACCCCGCUCCGCGACCCUGCCCCGAGGUUGGACAAGCGUCUUCCUCCUCCUGUCCCGGCCGUGGCUCCUCACUUGUUUGCCAGGACCCUUGUGUUCAGCCCCAAGCCGCUCUCUGCGUGGCCCUGGGAGCACCGGGGCCGCCUCGGCCCCACUGAACCCACGGCCCCGUGGACGGGCAGCCCCGCGCUGACCCAGCCAGGGCAGGGGGCUCGUUUGCACGCUGCCCUGUUCUCUCCCGAGCUCUUAAUUGCCCCACACGUGCCCCCUGGGAGCACUGAGCCUCGCGCCAGUCCAGCCACUCAGGUCCUCUUAGCUUUGAAGGUGUCUAAUGCUUUACCGCCGUACUGAAAGGGCCGUUCUUCGGCUUCCUUUUCCGAGGCCUUCCCCGUGCCCUCACCACCAGCUUUAUCCGCUUGGUGCACCUUGAGCAGCGUCUGUGCCCAGCGGAGCAGGCGGCUUUCCCAGAGCCCAUGCAGGCGACGCGCUUGCUCCUGCGUGACCUCUCCUUGCAGGGAGCGGGGUGGAAGCCCGAAAUCCCAGCUCUGCCUCCUCCCCGGUCACCUCUGGGACGCUGGGAACUAGGAGACAUCUCUGCUAGGGCCUCUCCGGAGCCCGAAGGAAACGUGCUAGUAGGGCACAGCCCCUGCCGGUCAGGGACGCAGGGGAGGGGGAAUGCCCUGUGCUCAGCUUGUCGCGGUCCUGGCGGGUGUCUUCAGUGCAAGCCUCUCGGGUGAACGAUGCUGUGGUCACUAACACCUGUGGCCGGUGCAGGGGUUUGCCUGCUGGGGGGGGAUGCAUGGCUGACCUUUCCCAAGCCAGAGGGGCCUAAGGUCACCCAGAGCCAGUUCAUUUAGGUGGUCCGCCGGCAGGAUGACGCCCUUUUGCAAAAUGUCUUGUGCAAAGCUCGUCGGCCGUGCCGCGGGCAGCAGGGCUCCGGCCGCGGCUGGCUGCACCGCGCCAAAUACGAAGCAAUAAAGAACAGGGCGGUGGAGCUGGCCGAAGCAAGUGCCGCCUGGGCAGGGUCGCGCUCCGGGCGCACGCGGGUCCCGGGCGCAGAACUGCUCGCGGACCCGCAGCUGCUGCGGUACUAAGUGCCCGACAACAAAACCUCUCGUUUGCCUCCGCGCCAUGAGACAACGUGCGCGCACUUCUCACCCGAGCCCGUCCACGCCCAGGCGUGUGAACAGGAGCCGGGGGAGGAGGCUGCGGGGCUGUUUCUGACCCCUCUGUCUUCCUGUCCCUUCCCCUCGGCCCCGCCGUGCUAGCGGGGCGCCCUGUGCCCGUAGCACGGCCGGCCGGGAACCAGCCACCGCGGCGCAGCAGCGUUAAGGGUGAAUGUCGGAGAAAGCCCCCGAGGCCCCGGUGCCCAAGACGAGACCCCGAUGGGUGCAGGAGGCCCCGGGUGCCCUGGGGAGCAGCUUGCACAGGACCACUACAGAUAUUCACCAGUGCAAAAUGCGCUGCUCGACGGCAGCAAGGCGCGGGCUGCCUCGUCCUGCCAGGCCGUCCCGGCUGCUCUAUUUUUGUACCCUUUCUAAGCCGCUAUUUAUACCAGACUUCUCCCCCUCGAGGUUUUGAAUCUCAGCCUUUCGGGACGUCCAGGUUACCAAAUCCAGACCCCCCAGCCAGGCAGGGCAGGGCAGGCCGGUCCGUGGUCGUUACACGCCGAACGAAAGCUUUACGUGUGCUCCAGAAAUGCAGCUCGGAGGCACCUCUCGGCCGGCGCGGGGCCUGCGUUGUAUUGUACGUAGCAACGCCAGCGGGACCGGGGCCGAGCUGAACCUUUCUGUUGUAAAUACCAAUAAAGGUCGGUGCCUUUAGGGUCUCGUGUUUGGUCUCCCUCUGCU